GAGGAAACGGGUGUGCGACGUGUGCAAGCAGAGCAUUGACAGCCCCGGGGCUUUCUGCAAGGAGUGCAAGGUUGCAGUGCACAAGACGUGUGAAGUCAAGGUGACUCCCACCUGCACCCCGACAUCAGACCUGCUCGGCUCCUCUAAGUCUACGCUGCAGAAGAAGAGAGGCUCCAUACCGAGGAGUAAAAGUGUGGAGCAGGUGAUGGAGAACGUGAUGGAGCGCCACUAUGACUUCGACCUCACCUACAUCACGGAGAGGAUCAUCUCCGUCUUCUUCCUCCCGGAGCUGGAGGAGCAGCGCUACCGCAGGAACCUGCAGGAGGUGGCCUCCAUGCUGAAGUCCAAGCACCAGGACAAGUUCCUGCUACUGAACUUAUCAGAGAGGAGACAUGACAUCACCAGACUCAACCCGAAGGUGCAGGACUACGGCUGGCCCGACGUUCACGCCCCGCCCCUCGACAGGAUCUGCGCUGUUUGUAAAGCCAUGGAGACCUGGCUGACCUCUGACCCCCACAAUGUGGUGGUCCUCCACUGCAAGGGACACAAAGGGAAGACGGGCGUCAUCGUGGCCGCCUACAUGCACUACAGCAAGAUAUCAGCCGGGGCCGACCAGGCUCUCACCACCUUAGCGAUGAGGAAGUUCUGUGAAGACAAAGUGUCCUCGUCCCUGCAGCCGUCUCAGAACAGGUACAUCUAUUACUUUGGCGGGUUGCUGUCCGGCAGCAUCAAAAUGAACAGCAGUCCCCUGUUCCUCCACCAGAUCCUCCUUCCAUCACUCCCUAACUUUCAGGCAGGAGGAGGGUUCUAUCCAUUCCUGAAAAUCUAUCAGUCCUUGCAGCUGGUCUACACCUCGGGCGUCUAUGAUCCCCAGAGCUCCAGAGCAAGGAAGCUGUGUGUGACGAUGGAGCCAGCUCUUUUAUUAAAAGGGGACAUUAUGGUGAAGUGCUACCACCGGCGCAGUCGAGCCGCAGAGAGGGAGGUGGUGUUCAGGGUCCAGUUUCAUACCUGCACCGUGCACGGAGCCCAGCUGUGGUUUGGCAAGACUGAACUGGACCUCGCCUGCACAGACGACAGGUUCCCUCCAGAUGCCACAGUCGAGUUCAUCUUCUCCAAUGGGCCAGAGAAAAUGAAAGGUCGAGAAUACCGCAAGAAUGACGCCUCAAUCACGGUGGACUACAACAUCUCAGACCCUGUGGUCCGGUGGGACUCUUACGAGAACUUCAACCUGCACCACCAAGACAGCAUUGAAACAGACAUCUGCCACACGAGAGGCCCUCUGGACGGCAGCCUGUACGCCCAGGUGAGGAAGCGUCGUGGGCCGGGCUCAACGGCCUCGGCAGCAUCGCCCAACGGGUGCCUCGCUAGCAGCCCGACGGUCAAACCUCAGCCUCUCGCCUACACCCCCGACUCGAGCCACUCGCCCGCCCCCUCCGACCACCUGGAAGACCCCUGUACGUCCGCGAAGCGCCCAGAGAGAGACAUCGCCGACUGUCCGUCGAGUAGAGGAGACGGGGAAGACGGAGCCAGGGACAAGAAAAGAGGCAAAGAGAAAGACAGAGAGACGGCGAUUUUAGACGACGGAGACCCGCCGAGUCCCGGAGGUCCCAGGCGAGAACACUCGUGUUGUGGUCGAGCGGGGGCAAAGUGUGGCGACGGCCGGGAGAGGGAGCGAGAGCUCGGCCUCUCUGACGCUCGGCGUCUCGGCCGUUGCACUAAAAAGAAUCCAAAAAGCCAAACUCUGCCGGCCUUGCCGUCCAAACCGGUGUCCCCGCCUCCUCAUUCGCCCCGCGUGGAGCUGUGCCAUCGACAUAGUGCCCAUCCUUUACCAGAGUUACCAUGGGAUCGUCCCCCACCGCCCCCGCCCUGUCUCCUCAGGCCCUGCUACUCUUAUUCCACCCCGGAUCACACCCACCCGCACAGCCAUACCCUCCCGGCGUUAAACAGACUGUGCACUGGGGAAGAGUGUCACCUCCUCCAUUAUUCCAGCCACAAUGCAGCCUCUCAUCUCUCCCACCAAUCACUGCCCUCGAGCCCUUACAGGGAAAUGUUCUUCAGCCCCCCGACCGCCUCCUCCGCCGGCUGCCCCUGUCGAGACUGCUCCAGCCGGCGAGAGCACCAAUCCGCCUCGGCUCGAGCGUUCCACCCAUUGCACCCCGACCCAUCGGAAAGCCCCCACUGGACCCAAGGACCCGGGAUGCAACGAGCGAGAGAGCCGCAUCCGCUGUGGGAAAGUGAAAACCCCUGGGAGGCGGCGAGAGAGGCGGAGUUCUGGCAGCGCAAAUCAGCCAUGCCGGCAUUUCGCGUCUGCCACUCCCCGUUGGACCACGGUCCAAACCCGGAGACCAGAUAUGCCAUUGGGCCGCAUCAGGGCUACCCCGGCCCCCAGUCUCUGAUGGAUGUGCGGGAUGGAGCCAGCAGCGGGUACCACACCCCUCCACAGCCCCGUCACUCCUGUCCCUGCUCUCCUUAUCAGUCAUCCCCGGCCGAGAGCCACGAGAGCCGGGGUUACGCCUCGGGGUACCACUCUGGAUCGGCCUCGCCUCUGCCCGCAGGCAGCCCUUCUCCUGUGAGAGGCCGGCUGCCCGAGACUCCCUCUGGACCCAGAGACCAGCAGCACUCUGAGCAUCACAAAGGGGAACAGGCCCAGGCCGAUGUGGGGGAUGACGUCUCCCAGGGUUCAGAAGGUAAAUCGGAGUCCAACGGACAGUCCAGCACCCCUGGACUGGACUCUGAUCACGACUACACAAUCAUCGGCAGCAGCAGCCCCACACACACAGAAGACAGUGCAAGUACUGAUGGUCCUCCUCAAGACCAAGAGCCCUCUCGGCAGCCGGAGACAGACGGAGCCAUCUCACCAGCGCCGGUAGGAACACAAACCCAAAGCUCCAACAAAUCCAUAACCUCCACACAGCCAUCGAGUGAGCCGAGCUCGAGCCCUGAUGCUCAGCUUGGAGCAGCCAAGAUCACAGGAAGUGCAGAGGGGUCGCACCUAUCGCCAACUUCAAGCUACGCCACCGUCAUCAUCACCCCGGUCCAGGUGCAGCUGAAUGGCUCCGCCCUUCCUUGCGACACCCCGUCUGACAGCUGCAGCGGCGCAUCCAUGAACCCCUCCACUAGUCUCAGUUCUAGCCCUUCCACCACUUCCCCAAAUUCUCCCAUUGGCUCCCCAGAGCUCCAGUCUUCUCCGCCGCGCUGUGCAGACGCUGCAGGACAAAGAUUGACUCCGGAGAGAGACACGAAACCCCCAUCCCCCGUGCCCGAUGGGUACCAAACCCCGACCUUCCCUCUAGCGUCCUAUUACUACCCGUUGCUCAAUGUGCCUCACGUGCCGUACACUGGGUACACUGCGGUCACCAUCCCCGCCGUCCAGCCCCCGCUGCCAGAGAAGAAACGUCUCUCAUCCGCCCCGGGAUACCUCAACGGACACAACGCUCUUCUCCGGGCCUCCUCGACUCCUUCCCCCAUGCACCACGUUACUUUCUCCCCCUCCGCGGGAGAGCAGAGACGGGGGUCUUCCCAGCAGAGCUGCAGGGAGGAGGCGGACGUCAGGGUCAAUGCCAAGUUCGUCCAGGACAGCUCAAAGUACUGGUACAAACCGGGCAUCUCCAGAGACCAAGCCAUAGCUGUGCUGAGGGACAAGGGGCCAGGAAGCUUCCUCAUCAGAGACAGUAACUCCUUCCAGGGGGCCUACGGUCUGGCCCUGAAGGUGGCCACGCCUCCUCCGAAUGCCAACCUCAAAGGGGAUCCUCUGGAGCAGCUGGUGAGACACUUCCUCAUCGAGACCGGACCCCGGGGGGUGAAGAUCAAGGGCUGUCAGAACGAGUCCUACUUUGGGAGUUUAUCUGCUCUGGUGUACCAGCAUUCAAUCACUCCCAUAUCUCUGCCAUGCGCCCUCCGCGUCCCAGAAAAAGAUCUGGUCGGGGAGCUUCAGGAGAUGCAGAGUACAACGCACACCAGCACGGCGGCGGACCUCCUCAAGCAAGGAGCAGCGUGCAACGUGCUCUACCUGAACUCCCUGGAAACCGAGUCGCUGACGGGCCCCGAGGCCAUCUCCAAGGCAACGAAAUGUACUUUGGCCCUGAGCCCGCGUCCGAUGGCGACCGUGGUCCACUUCAAAGUGUCUUCUCAGGGCAUCACUCUCACCGACAGCAAGCGAAGGCUGUUUUUCCGGAGGCACUACCCCAUCAGCAGUGUGACAUUCAGCAGUCUCAACCCACAAGACCAGAGGUGGACUAAUUCUGAUAGCACGUCAAGCAAGAUGUUUGGCUUCGUGGCGAGGCGGACCGGCAGCACCACGGAGAACGUGUGUCACCUGUUUGCAGAAAUGGACCCGGAGCAGCCGGCCGUGGCCAUCGUCAACUUCAUCAACAAAGUCAUGCUGGGACCACAGCUGCGCAGAUGAGAGCCCACUGUGGGCCGCGGGGGGGAUGCAGGAAACACGGUGUUUCAUUAGUGAAGUUCAGAUGGGACGGAUCCGGGCUGUGCAGAGAUAAUUAUGGUUUGUAUGUCAGUGAACGUGGAAUAGUUUGAUGAGCCAAAGACUGACUUUGUGACCUUUGCCAAAUAAGAUUUUAAUACGAGUUGUGGUUUUUGGAUGGUUGUUUCUUUUUCUUUUUUGGUUUUGCUUUUGAUUAAGUUGAUUUUAUUUGUAAUUAUGUUCACAUAAUGCACUCCGUGUACGAGAAAGUGCCUUUUUUUUCAUCAUCAACAUACUGUUCAAAUAUAACCAAAGAUAUAAUGCUGAAGCCGUCGCCAAUAACUACAUAAUGACAUCACUACAGCUAUAAACAAUAGAGAGCCGACAUGGACAAGCAGCCUUAUUCUGUGAAGUUUAAAAAUGUCGUGAAAUCCAAGGAUUUCUUUUUUUGGUGAUGUCAUUUUACAACGAUCCAGGACCAGAAUAUCACAUAUAAGUCUGGGCCCUGUUUAUGUCCCUAUUUAACCAACCAGUAACUUUAAUUUUAAGCCAAAGACUUCAUUAUUAUGUGAAGAUAUUUUUUUCACGUUUGAUUUUUAAAACCUUUUUUUUUUAUCAAUACAUAUUUUGUUGUUGGUAUUUGUGUGUUUUCUAUAAAGCUGUUACAAU